AGUCAACAUUAAUUUUGCAAUGCGACAUUGACAUGGUUUGAAAACAAAAACAAACGUGUUUACAUUCACUAAAAAACUGACAUUGUCCUUUUAUAUGUUGUGAUCAACAGAAAUGGCAGCAAAACACAAAAGAGUAGCCUUAAUGGGCUUCAGAUCUGUUGGAAAAUCAUCAGUAACCAUUCAGUUUAUAGAAAAACAGUUUGUUGACUCAUAUGAUCCAACAAUAGAAAACACCUUCCACAAGAGUUUAAAGAUUAAAGGACAAGAGUAUGCCUUAGAAGUUGUUGAUACUGCAGGACAGGAUGAAUAUUCUAUUCUACCUCAGAGUUAUUAUAUUUCUGUAGAUGGUUAUGUUUUAGUGUAUUCUGUUAAUUCUCGUAAAAGUUUUGAUGUAAUUAAGAUUGUGUAUGAUAAGUUGUUAGAUAUGAAAGGAUCUUCCAAUAUACCUGUAGUGCUGGUUGGAAAUAAAACAGAUCUACAAAAUGACAGAGUAGUCUCAGUGGAUGAAGGAAAGAAACUUGCUUCUGAAUGGAAUGUGAAAUUCUUGGAAACUUCUGCAAAAGAGUAUCAUACUGUGAAUGAAGUAUUUAUACAGAUAGUGUCUGCUAUAGAGAGGGCUGAGGGAGGAGGUACUCCUGAAAAACAAGGAGGAUGCUCUGUCUCUUAGGAAUUGGAAUGUCUACAGUUUCCAUGAAUGCACUGAUCUGCACACAACUGUUGCUGUAUUAGUGAAAUGAUAUUAACUGAAUGGUUGUGGAGGUUAUAUGAGUAUAAGUCUGAAUGCUUUAUCUUUCUUUGUUUUUAAAAACUAAUGAGUUAUGAAUUAAGUAAAUUUUAUUUACUAAAUCCAAUUUAAUACAGGCAGGUAUGUAGAUUGUAGAAUGAUGUCUGUUCUAAUAAAAAAAAAUGGUCAAAAUAUUGUAUCAAACAAUAUUGAAUAAAAAAAAGAUUUUAAAAUUCAUAAGUCAAAAUAUUUAUCUUAUGUAAUAUUAAUAUUGUAUCACAUUAUAUGCCACAAAGUAGAAUGUCUCUACAAAGCAAAGAUUAUCGGCAAUUUUUUUUUUAUUUUACCUCACUUCUCUUAUUCUUGGUUUUCAGUAUUAAAGAAAAUGAUUAAAACUGAAUAGUACAAGGAAAGUAGUAAAAUUGCUAUGGUUGAUGAAAAGUCUUCUAAACUUCUCCCCAUUAUCAUCACUAUAGUUCUUAAAAUGUCACUUGUGCUACUUCAUUUCUUUUUUUCGGCCAGAUAAUGAUUUAUUUUUGUUCUUUUUUUUUAAAUUUUGGGGAGUAUCACUUCUCUUGCAUUGAUGAAAAUUGAAUGUUGAAUUUCAUAGUUAUGACAAUUUCUGCAUUCAAUUCUUUGGGAAUUGUGCAUUUUGUUGGACACAGAAAUUUAUAAUUUAACUAUACCCACGAAAUCCAUGAAAAUUGUUAUCAACCAAAUAGUUAAGAACAUAUAGAGCAUGUUGUAUUAUUAAAGUCUUGCUCUUUCAGUGUAAAAUAUUUUUCAUAAUUUAAGAUUAUUCAAGAUUCAACAAUGCAAGUUUUAAAAGUACUUUAUAAUAGUUUUAAUUGCAACUUUAUAAUUGCAAACAUAAAUCAUUUACUUGUAAUUUGACAUCAACCAAAGCUAUGGAUUUUAAUUUAAAAAUUGUGUGCUGUGGAUUCAUUUAUUUUCGUGGGUUUUAAUUUUAGUUUCGACUUCUACUCCUACCACUAAGUGACCACCGUCAUUAGUGGUAGAAGUAGAAGUAGUUGAUUGAGAAAAAAUUAAAAAAUUGUGAAUAUUUGAUUUCAUGGUUUUGCCAAAGUAUACAUACAAGCCUAUAGUAAUUUUGCACAUCGUUUAACAUUUGAAUUUGUGGUUCACCCACGAAAUCCACGAAAACUGGUAUCUCAUGAAUAAUAAUGAGUCCACAGUAGAUUUGAUUGAUUAAUUGAUUGAAAAAUAAUUUUGUGAGAUUGAAAGAGUGUGUCAUUUUGUAUUAUUUAUACAAUCACUUUAACAUGCUUUUUACAAUUAUUGUUGAAAUAAUAAUAAUUUUGAUUAUAUAAGUAACGCCAGUCAUACAGUUAUUUUAAUGUAUAUAGAUUGUAUUAAGCUGUAGAUUAUUAUGUAUUAAAUUAUACUUUUAAAAGUCACUUAAAAUGAACUGUAGUUUUACAUAUUGAGAGAAAUUAGAUUUUUUUAAAUUUUAAUGAUUUGAACUUUGAACUCUUUUGAAAAAAAGCAUGACUGCAUUUGAUGUCUUGCUGAUUAUGAAACCUUGCAGGAGAGACUAAGGUGUUAUCUUUUUUGCAAUGAAGUCAACAUUAACUAUGGGAAAGACAUUGAUAUUUUAUUCCCUCUAUCACAGGCUUGGCCACUAUUUACUUGGAAGUUGUUUAAUAAUACUGAGAAUAAUAAUAUUUUAGUAAAUUGUGUUGUUAUGUUUAGCCAUUAUGGGUUGAUUUUGCAUUGAGUUAUUUUCAUGAUUUUUUUCUAAUUUGAAGAAUUUAUGUAUGAGAAGAUCCAAUUUGAAGUUUUAGUGAUGAUUUAUAUUUGUGUAUUUUUUCUAUAAGAAAAUCUCCCUUGAAUAAAUCGCUGGUAAAAAUUAGUUUAUUACAGUAUUUGGUAUUUGGAUUAGUUACGAUGAGUAUAUAUUGGCAUGGCCUCAUUUUCUUGCAAAUAACUUAAAUAUUGCAGCAGGUGAGACAUUUUUGUGUGUCAACUCUUGUUUAAUUUUGGGCAUUACUAUGAUAGUAAACGUAGUCAACUAUGUCUAAAUGAAAGAUGUUGAUUUCUAAAAUUAUUUAAUAUUAGUAAUAAAAAAGGCAUUACAAAUGUGGUGGAUUAUACAAGGAAAAAGUGUUUUUAAAUUAAAAAAUAACUAAGGAGUAGUUUACAAUAGUACUAGUGUAGUUUUGUUUAUCUUUCCUUUUGGGAUAAUAUGUUUGAAUAAAUGUUAUGACAUAGAAUAGUUAAUCAAUAAUUAUUGGAUACUAAUUUAUAGAUUGUGGCAUUUGAAAACAUGAAAGUCCAACUUAAAAAUGUGCUUUGCUAGUUACAAGUGAAAAGUUCAAUCAAGUGAAAUCUGAAAUCUUAAUUGACAAAUUUGUGGAUAAAGAAUAAUCAUUCAGUGUUUUAGAAUAUUUAAAUUAUUUCUUAAAGAUUUAGAAACAAAUACAAAUGUGACACUUGGUGAUUAUUUCUAUCCAGCUUUGUUGUUGGGUAUUUAUCAAUGUUUAGUUAUUCCUUUUAUACCUCAUGAUUGAAACUUUUCAGGAGUAAAUAUAUUUGGUGAAAUCUUUGAUGAACCUGUACCUGUUUGUAAUGGAAUAAAUAAACUUCUAUGGAAAUUCUUUUUGACAUUACCAACAAGGCUGGCUUUCUAUGUACUGUACUUUCAAACAAAAUCUUGUAUAAAUAUAUGGAAGAAUUAUAACGGUUUCAUCUAUAUUUGUUACAAAUAUUCAUGGUUUGAACUGCCAGUUUCUCUCAAUCAAGCCAGCAUGGUACCCCCAUUUUUGACAAAACUUUUAGGUGUGAUUAUAGCUACUCAUUUAGCAUGGAAGUUUAUACACAGAAGUUUAAUAAAUGAGCUAUUGUAUACUUUAAUUAAUUGCUUGUAACAUCUUGUUUUUGUUAUUUCCAUUUGUAAGCAUCAUUUUCUUGAAAGCUUUGUACCCUAUUUCUGUCAUCUUGGGCAAACCGAAAUAAUUAUUAGUUAGUAUUACUAAACAUGUAGUUGGGAGUCUAAAAAACCAUGAAAAAUUUGUAUCCACAAUUAAUCAAUAAAUCCAAUGUAAUUUGAUACAUAUCACAAUAAUAAUAAACUCGUACUUAUAUCAAAAGAUUCAAUUAAGUUCAUACGCUGUUCAGCUUUUUAUUGUCUCGCUUUGACUGAGUCAAAAAACAAGACUUGGGUAUGCUGUUUCCGACGGUGGCUGUGGCAUCAUCGAUGUAUUAGUUUGUGAUUAGGUCAGUUUAUGGGUGAUAUUUGGUAAGCAGUUGUAUUAGUGUUGGUACAUCUCAUUUCCAAGGAGAUUGUUUGGCCCUGUACCUUCAGUCAUUCUUCAUUGUCUUUGAAUAUUUUGCAUAACUUAAAUUUAUACAUGGUAAAUAUUGCUAUUUUAAUUUCAACAUUUGCAUUUUACUAUCAAAAUUUUUUAAAAUGUGAGACAUAUCAUGUGUUAACAGUUUCUGAAUUGUUGAUAUUAUGUUUACUGACCCUUCACUAUGGUAACAGUCUGAAAACUAGGAGCUAAACUAUUUAAACUAGGUCAGAUAUAAAUCUUCUUCAAUUUUAUUAGCCAGACAGUAUGAAGACAUCAUUGUUUAGUCAUUGCAAUAUGAAUUUAUAAAGUGUAAAUUUAAUUAAAAAGUAAAACUAUUCAUAGAUACAUGAUCUAAAAUAUUUUUUUAAUGUGAUGAAACUUUGAAAACAUAAAAACUUAUCAUCAUACCACAUAUCCUUAUGUUUACAGUGUAUUAGCAUACAUUUAAUAAUAACGUAUAUUAAAGCAUACAACAUACAUUAGUUAAAAUGUUCACUCUUUUUCAUUUUCAACAAAUUGGCUUUAAUGGUUAAUUAAAUGAUAUAACAAUUGGGUGUAUGUCAUCAUGAUGCAAAACUUUCAAGUAGGUUUUUUAAAAUUCUACCUAAAACCAUUUUAAGAUGUUCUUUGAGUUGUAUUUUGAUCUUUAAAAUCAUUUUGUUCAUACAAUUAUAGAUUUUAUUUGUCAUGUUGAAACCAAAUUCUAAAUCUGAACAAUAUAUCAAUUAAAAUGCCCUGAAUGUAGUAACUUCCUCUGUGGUCUUGUUGUAGAGUACUUGUCUUGAGUGUGUGAGGUUGUGGGAUCAACCUUUUCAAAGCAGGGGUCAUAUUCAUAUCACAUGUUCGUGUCCUGAAUAGGCAUGCAAUAUUUGCCACUGAAAAUUAAACAUCAAUCCAUCCUUAAACAAAAUUUUUAUUCAAAGAAAAGACCUUGAGGACAAAUAUGAUAUUGAUCAGGUUCUCACAAUAGUCCUGUAUGUACCAAUUAGAUACAGGUAUACAAGGCGAAGCAUCAAACAACAACAAACAAUAUUAGAAACAGAAUUGUAAAAAUAUACCUGUCUUUGUUCUCUUACAGUGGUACAUAACACUACAAGGAGAUAACUCUGUAAAAAUCAGCUGAACGUUUCAAUCACGUUCUAUUUUUAAGGAAGUAUUAAGCUUCUCAAUGAUCAAAAUAAGUGUUUGUCAAACUGCUAUAUAUCCAAUUAAAUUUUUCCGAUAAAG